GAGUUGUUCCUUAAGCAUGUGGUCAAAAUCUUUGGCUUGCCCAGGGAUAUUGUGAGUGAUCGGUCUGGCUCUGAACCUACGUGCCUAUGACUUCGUUUCCCAGGAAAUCCGUACAGCGGAAGAUCCUGAAUUUGAGACUUUCUACACCAAAAAUCUUCUUUGGGCUAUCAUUCCACCAAACCCUAGUAAAGGAAUCUUUAGGUUUUGGUGCCACAUCUGUCAGAUUGGAGCCAUCCUGCAUCCAAGACUUUGAUCAUCUAGCUGAGGAAAUUGGUAAAUCUUAUAUAGGCUCUCGGGUGCCUUCAAAAGGAAGUUCCUCCACUAAAUCGGAAUCUGACUCACAAGUCGAAUAGUCCUCAGCAUGGAGAAAAGCGGGGCACAUUGGACAAUACACCAUAACUUGCUUCUUCACUCGAGUUGCUCCUCACGUACGCAUGUUCUAAUAGUC